GAACCGCCGUCGAUUUCCGUCACUCAACGAAUCGAGUUGUGUCACUGUAUAAAGACUCCCUCUUAACAAUCAACCUCUUGUAGAUGCCCUCGGGCGGAUGCCUCUUUUUAGCCAAUAACCGAUAGGUUACUUCUAACAAAAUGGGAAGCAUUAACCAGCAUGAUUAUUCCUCGGUGGAAGAGAGUAAGAGGAUCCUUGACUACCUUUGCAGUCAGUUCGAUGAGGUUGCUUUUCCAGCUGCUGUGAAGGAGCUCAAGGACAACAUCGAGUUUACGUCAGCUCGAGAUGCGCCAUACUUCCCUAUCCCGUUCAAGGAGACGGAGACAACUGCUGCGCUUAAGGCGGUAGAGGGUGCCGUCGCCAGUCUGCUAGCAAAGACUGUUCAAGGUGAAUCACAACCGAAGAAGAUCAAUGUCAACUUGGAGAAGACUACAGCCUUUCUCUGUCAGGCUUAUAUGGCCAAGGUUGGUGGUCUUGGAAAGCUUGACCCUGGCGUCAAGGCCCUACUCAAAGAUACGGAUUUGCUGCAGGCUCAGUCAAAUCCUUACCGCCGCAUGUCAGCCAACUUGUACGAGACCAAGAACGCUGGAGAGUAUUAUCACAUUCAUGGAUCCUUGGAGGCUUCGACGACUCUCAAGAUGAUUGGUCUUGAGCCUUUCAGGCCAGAUUUGCAAACACAUGAGAGCAUCGUUGCUGCUAUCGAGCCGGCUGUUCGACAGUUCUCGAUAGAUGAGCUUGAGAGCAUGAAUGCUGCUCGUCGGCAGGCUGGAGUUCCUGCUUUGAAGCACGAGGAUUUUGUGAAAACUCAACAUGGCAAGACAAAUAUGGCACUUCCACCAUGGUCUGUCGACAACCUUGAGGCCGAGACACCAAAGUGUCCCCUAACACCAAGCCCAGAGCACCCAAAGAGGAUACUGUCAGGUAUCAAAGUUCUUGAGCUCUGCCGUAUCAUUGCUGGUCCUAUUGUUACCCGUAUCCUCGGAGAGUAUGGAGCCGAUGUGCUCAAGAUUACAAGCCCCAAUCUGAGUGACGUUCCUUUCUUCCAGGUAGAUGGCAACAUGGGCAAGCACGCUGCAGAGCUUGACCUAAAGUCCCCUGAGGGAAGAGCUGAGUUUGAGAAGCUUCUCGCUGAAGCGGAUGUUGUUGUUGAUGGAUAUCGACCUGGCGCUCUGGAGAAGCUUGGAUACGGUGCUACAGCACUUACAAAACUUGCCAAGGAGCGUGGCAAGGGCUUGUGUAUGUCAAUGAGAACUGCUUUGGCUAUGAAGGAGAGUGGGCUGGACGACCUGGGUGGCAACAGAUUGCCGAUUGUGUCAGUGGCAUCGCGUGGGAGCAGGGACGCUUCAUGGGCUUGUCAGAACCCGUCGUCCCUCCUUUCCCCAUUUCGGACUACGGUACAGGAUGCAUUGGCGCCAUCACAGCUUUGCUUGGUCUCUAUCACCGAGCCACCCGUGGAGGAUCAUGGCACGGAAAGGCUUCACUUCUUCACUACGACUUGCUUCUCUUCAAGGUUGGGCAAUAUCCUGAGGAAGUAAAGGAGAGGUUGAGGAAGGAUAUUGGACCUGACUUCCUCGCCCUGCGACAUGCGCAUAGCGUGGAUCAGAUCUCAGGAACAGCACUAUUAAGGAUGCGACAAGUCUUCCCUGAGCUCUUCACUGGGGACAAAUACGUGGAGAAAUGGUACUCUAACGCUUACAAGGCUGAGGUGGAGGCCGUACCACCUGUUGUGGAAAUUGAGGGUCUGGAAGUUGGCUUUAGGAGAGCGAGUCGGCCUAACGGUGCGGACAAGCCAACAUGGGACUUUGGCGAGGAGGCCGAUCGCAAGCUGUCAAAGUAGUUUACCUCAUUAAGUUUUAGCAUUUACCUAGCCGAUUGAUACAUGCAUAGAUCACCCAGACC